AUGCGUUUCUCUGCUGUUAUCCUCACCGCCGGCGCUAUGAGUGCUAUUUCUGGUGUAUCGGCUCAAUCCAGCAAUGGUGUUGGUGAGCUUCGAGCACGUUCCGCUAAGGAUCUCCUUCACCUUGCUAUCAGGAGUCUCGAUGAUGAGCAAGCCGAUGCUGUCUUUGCACGAUACCUUGAGCUCAACGAGCGUAAUGAAGAAUCUUCCUCUAUCUUCAAACGGGAUAUUAAAUGUCCUUACUGCUCGAUUAAGGUCCCUAAAGAGUACGCCCCAAUGUUGGCAGCCCAUAUAAAACAACAUACAAAAUAA